UACCGAGAACAUUAUACCGACAACAUGUCCUCGGUAUAGACAUUUCAUAUGCGCGGGACAUUUUCGCGGUUCUGAAUAGGUUUAGUUGCUAUACCGAGGACCUAUACCGAGAACAUGUUCUCGGUAUAGGGUUUAUAAAUAUCACACUCAGCCGCGAAGCCCCUUCUCCUUCCUCUCUGGUUUCUCUGGGUUUUCUCCGAAACCUCCGCCUCCCUCCGCCGAUUAUAGUCGUUUUCCUCCAUAAAAGCUCGGUUUUAAGCCCCAAAAUUGCCAAGGGUGAAGGAAUUUCUGUGUAUUUGUUGAAGGUAUGGUUUAUUUAUUCAUUUUAUAUAUAUAUAUUUAUGAAAUUGUAUAAUGAUAUUUUCUAAUUUUUGUUUGAAGGUUGGGUAUUCGGUUUUUGUUGGACUAUAGGGAUUGCUAGCAAGAUAUUGAAGGCAUUGUGCUACAUUCAUACAAUGUCGAUCGACAAGAGUUGGAUUAAUUUGACAGAUCGAUUAUCCGAUGAGUAUGAGGCUGGUGUGAUGGAUUUUCUCCAGAGAGCCCGGCAGUGCGUUGACUCAAGGGGAUUGGUGAAAUGUCCGUGUAGGAGGUGUGUCAACGUUGAAUUUCAGACGAUUGAUGUAUUAGAAAAUCAUCUUUUUGUAAAUGGUUUUCUACGGAAAUAUACCAAUUGGCAUUGGCAUGGAGAGGAUGAAAUAAUACCAAUGAGAGCUCGGAUAGAUCAAAAUGAUGAAGAUGAGAUGAUGGAUGUUCUCACUGAUCUUAUGCAAAAUGACAAUGACGAACAAGCGGAGAAUGAGCGCGGUCAAGAGAUACCUACAACUGACUACAGGAGUGGGCAACAUUAUAACGAUUUGUUUGCUGAGAUCGAGGCUCCAUUAUUCCCCGGGUGUCAAAAUUACACUUCAUUGAAUUUCCUAGUGAAGUUAAUGCAUUUCAAAGUGUUGGGAAAAAUUCCCAACAAAAUAUUUGAUGGAAUGCUGGAGUUGUUACAUGAUGCAUUUCCAGCCCCAAAUAAGCUUCCAAAAUCGCACUAUGCAGCGAAAAGGUUGUUGCGGAAACUUGGAUUGGGCUACGAGUCAAUCCAUGUCUGCAAGCAUGAUUGCGCACUGUUUUGGAAAGAACAUGCUGGAAAAAGCAAAUGUCCUGUUUGUGGAGAGGAUCGAUGGGUGGACAAGAACACCAAGGGAAAGAAAGUGCCUCAUAAAGUGAUGCGUUAUUUUCCUUUAACCCCUAGGUUAAUGCGAAAAUAUGCAUCGAGGCACAUUGCUCAACAUAUGAGAUGGCAUCACGAGCAACGUAUAAAAGAAGAUGGUGUAUUGCGUCAUCCUGCUGAUGGGAAAGAAAAAUGUGAUUGA